GGCAGGCGCCCGGCCGCGGCCCGGGGCCGCCUGAGCGCGGUCCGCCGGGGCAGGCCGCGGAGCAGCCCCCGCCGCGGGGCCUGUCAGGCGGCGGAGCCCCGCGGGCGGCGGGCCCGGCUGGAGAGCGGGGGCAUGGCGGCGCGGAGCCAGGCCUCCCUGCGGCGCCGGCUGCAGAGCUCGCAGGAGGCGCAGCACCGGCAAGCGGUGCUGGUGCGGAAGCUGCAGGCGAAGGUCCUGCAGUACCGGACUUGGUGUCGAGAGUUGGAGCAGCAGCUGGAAGCAGGAGGGGGAUCCCUUCCAGGCAGGCGGGAAGCCACAGAAGACCACAGCCUGAAGAAAGCACUGCUUCAGUUGGAAGAGGAGCAGCAAAGGUGCGACAAUCUGGCAGAAGUGAACACUCUCCUGCGGGAGCAGCUCGAUAAAGCGAAUGAGGUUAAUUCAGCCCUCAAAGAAGAUGUUGGAAAACUGACGGCAGAUUGGAUGAGGGCCCGGGAGGAGCUGGAAUUGAAGGAGAGUGAAUGGCGCGGUGAACGUGAGCUUUAUGACAGCUGCUUAAGGGGUGAACACAGCCGUCUGCUCAGCCUGUGGCGUCAGGUGGUAACCUUCCGCCGUCUCCUGGCAAUGAAGACCGCCACUGACCGAGAUUUGUCAGAGCUGAAGGCAGAGCAACUGAGGCUUUCUGGAUCUAUACUUGUAAGCUGCUCCCGCCUGAACUCUGCCGUACGGCUCUGGGAGUCCGUCAGUCUGGGUAGACCUGUCCUGAAGGAUGAGGCACAGCAGGAAGCGGAAGAGGAAAUAAGCCAGAAGACUUGGGAAGCGAUGCACUUACAAGUCAAGGGGGACCUGGAGAAGAAGGAGCUUCAGGAGAGGGUGAUGGAGCUCUCAGCCUUGCUUGUACAGUCUCAGAAGCAGAAUGAGGAGAAGGAGAAGGCCAUGAAAACACUUAACGACACUGUGGAGAUCCUAGAAGCAAGUCGGUUAGAGAAAGAAUAUGAAGCUUCAUGGACUAAAAGUGCCAAAGAAGAGAAUCUUUCCCUCCAAAAGCUGAUAAAAGAUAUAACUGAGGUGGUGCUAGAUGACAGUGGCAGCACAGUCAGCAUUAUCUGCACUGACAGUUCCCAGCAUGCAGUGUCUAGCAACAUCCUCUCUUGUCUGAGCUCCGUUGAUGCAGAGCAUGCCUUUGUAUUGGUUCAGGAAGCACUGGCAAGGAGGCGAGGAGCAACACAGGCCCUAAAAGAAGAGCUUUCUGCCAGGCAGGACACUAUCAAUUUUCUGCUGCACCAGCACAGACAGCAGGAAGAGAAGUGCAGGAAGCUGCAGCAAAGGCUUGAGCAAGUGGAGGAGGAAUGCAAGACGUCCAGCAGCCACCGGCAGCACCUCCAGUCUCUGGUAGAAGCACUCAGAAGUGACUGUGCAAACCUCGAGAAAACCAGGGAAGAGCUACAGCAACAGCUUGAAGUAACAGAGCAAGAAGCCUCGCGUCUGCGUCAAAGUAACACUGAACUGCAGCUGAAGGAAGAUUCAGCCCGGGAAAAGGUGGAGCAGCAACAGACGAUGGAGAGAGUGCGUCGUGACCAGGAGCUCCUGCUGAAGGACUUAGCUGCACUUGAAGGAAAACACUCAUUAUUACAGAGUGAGUUGGUAGACGCAAGAGAGAGACUGGAGGAAUCGCACCUUCAGAGGGAUCUGCUGAAGCAAGAGAAACAUCAGCUUACCAUGGCACUGGAAAAGGCAGAGCAGGCAGUAGCAGAGUUGACAGGGGCUCAGAAUAAGCUGAGUGCUGAAGCAGCUGAUCUACGUGUUGCAACAGCGAAGAUGAGCAGUAUGAAUGAAGCCCUUGCGCUGGAUAAAGUGCAACUGAGCAAACUUGUGCUGCAGCUGGAGCAAGAGAAUGAAGCUCUGUCAGGCAAAGUGGACGAGGUGGAGAGAGCAAAGAUCUCUGAGCAGGAGAAGCUGACCUUGUGUGAACACAAUGAAGAGCUCAGCACAGAGAAAGCCCACCUGGAGCAGCUGCUGAAGAAGGCAGAGGAGCACCAGGAGGGGCUGCAGGUAGAGCUGAGGAGAGUGGCAGAGGAGAAGGCAGAAACCCAAGAGAGCUCAGUCAGGUGAGCCCAAAAACAAGAGUCGGCUAGCAGUGGUCUGGAGCAGCUGCGCCAGGAGUCCUCUCGCCAAGGGCAUGCGCUGGCCAAGGUGUGCAAGGAGAAGGAAUUGCUGGUGCACGAGAAGGCUGCCCUAGAGGUGCCUGCAGCCGUGGAGCGGGACAGACAAGGCCUUUCAGAGCAGCUGCAGAGGUCGGCGAAGGAGACCCUGGAAUCCAGCCUGUUUGAGGCUCAGCAGCGCUUAUCUCAGCUGGAGAUCGCCAGGAGUCAGCUUGAAGUCCAACUUCACACCGUCACGCAGCCAAGGAGGUGAUCCAAGGUGAAAGGCUCAUUGCUUUGUUUCUGUGUUGAGCUGGAAGCGGAGAGGACUCUGAUGAGGCAGGAACGGGAAAACAUGGCAGAACGGCUCUUGCAGACAGAACGGCAGUAUGACAACACCCUCAGACUCCGGCAAGCUGAGCAUGAAGUGGAAAUAAACAAGCUCCUGCAAGACCUGGCAAGCGAGCGGGAAGGGCACCAUUCAGAGGUCCAGGAGAUGCUGGAGCAAUGGGAAAAGGAGAAGGCAGAGACAGAAAGGGAGCACGAGAAGAAGCUGUUUGAUGUGAAGCAGGAAGUUGCUACCGUGCAGAACAUCACGGCAGAGCUGCAAGCAGAGCUGCAGGAAACUCAGAGCAAGACCGAGGCAGUGGAGAAGAGGCACAAGGGAGAAAUCCAAACCGUCAAAGAGGAAAUGAAUAUCCUCCUUCAGCAGCGGGAUGCUCUACAAAACCAGGUGGAAGAGUUGACAUCUCAGCUAGCAGCCUCUGAAGAGCCUCUAAAGAAGGAGGCUGUGACUCUACAUCAAGAGGUGGCGUCUUUGGAAAGGAAACUCGAGAGCACUGAGAAGCAAAGAAAGGAUGUCCUGCAGGAACGGGACAGACUGCAAGCACUUAAAGAAGAACUGGUAUGGGAGAUAAAACUUCUUCAGGAGUCGGUCACAGCCUCUGAGACCCGAGCGACUACAGCAACAGAUAGGCACUCCCUUGAACAAGAACUCCACACCACAGUGUCUCUCCUAAAAAUUAAAAAUGAGGAACUGGAAAUGCAGCGGGAGAAAAUCCAGGUGCUCCAGAAAGAGGCAGCACAGGGAAAAGCUUUGCAGGAGAAUCUCACUCAUGUGACUGCCAUCCUGUCAGAGAGGGAGGGAGAAAUGAAGGUGUACCAGGAACAGAUGAGAGUGCUGGAAGAGCAGAAAGAAAUGCACAAAACUGCUCUGGAUCAGGUUAUUAAGGACGUAAGAGAGAAAAACCAGAAGAUUGAAUCCCAGCAAGAACAGAUACAGGAGCUGGAGAAGCAGCAAGAAGAACAAAGGAUUGCUGUCAGCAAAAUGAGCAAAGACCUGGAAGAGAGAGACCAGGAGAUCAGAUCCCUGAAGACCUUGCAGAAUCUCCAGCUCAGGCUAACCAAGAAGAAUGAAGAGGUUAGACAUCACAGAGAGCAAGAGAAGCUCCUAGAAGCAGCCUUGCACGAGAGGGAACAAGAGACCAAGGCUCAAGGUGAGCAAGAAGAGUUAGACGAGGAAAGAAGAGCUCUUCGGGAAGAUCUCCGGCACGUUCAGCAGACGCUGACAAAGAAGGAUGAAGAGAUCAAGUACCAGAGAGACAGAGUCGGGUAUUUAGAGAAGACUCUGGCAGGGAGAGAACAAGAGCUUAGGAGGCAGAGUGAACUCCUGAAACAAAUAACAUCGGCUUUGCGAUGGAAGGAUGGAGGGGAGACCCUACAGAAACAAAUCCAGAAACUCCGAAAAUGGGAGGAAGAGGAAGCAGAGAAGAGGAGAGUUCUCCAGGAGAGAGACCGUCUCUUGCAAAGGCAGAAGGAGCUAACCCAACAACUGGAAGAUGAGCGGAAGGCAAAGGGGGAAGAAUUGGAGCGUGCGAUUGCUAUUUUGAAGCAGACUGAAAGCGGGGAAAUGGAAUGGAAAGAGAAGGCACAAGCACUGACUCUCGCCCUUACCAAGAGUGAAAUGGCCAAUGGCACGUUGAGGGAAGAAGUAGCCGUCCUGCAGAGUAUGGUUUCAGAGAGGGACACGGACCGGUUUCAUCAUCAGGUAGGCACUCUGGGGAAAGAAGAAGUGUUUGAUCCAAACUCUUUGGAUGCUGAUGGCUGCGAGAGCUGUUGUGGGGCGGAGUCAGAGGACGUUCGGUGUUGUAAUAGUUGUGGCGAUGCCAGAGAAGCAUACAGGCGGCGAGGCUGGGCCUUCAAGAACCCGGAUAGCAUAGAGCAGCGCAAGAGGGAAGGGUUUAGCCAGAAAAUGCAAGAGCAGAAGAAGGAGGGCUGCCAAGUGUAUGGUUUCCUGGAGGUCAGCAAGGUGGUAAGGACUGACCAGUUUUCAGUCACACGACAUGAGAAGAGAGCCGACGGGCUACUGGGAGACCAGGGUCUGCCUGGUGUCUUUGUGCUGUGGGAACUUUCGCCCGUGAUGGUGAAGCUGGCAGAGAAACAGAGAUGUCAAGAAGAUGUUGGAAGAGUGACGGCGGAUUGGAUGAGGGCCCGGGAGGAGCUGGAGUUGAAGGAGAGUGAAUGGCGCAAUGAACGUGAAGCAAUUCCUAAAGGAGUUUUGUGCCUUAUGGAACCUGCUGCGUACAUUGGAAUUCCACCACCAAGGCAUUUUGCCCUGACCACCUGCGAAGAUUCCCGUCCUCAGGGAGACCAGGGCGUCCUGCAGUACCGGACUUGGUGUCGAGAGUUGGAGCAGCAGCUGGAAGCAGGAGGGGUGCGAGAAUCUGGCAGAAGUGAACACUCUCCUGCGGGAGCAGCUCGUAAAGCGAAUGAGGUUAAUUCAGCCCUCAAAGAAGAUGUUGGAAAACUGACGGCAGAUUGGAUGAGGGCCCGGGAGGAGCUGGAAUUGACGGAGAGUGAAUGGCGCGGUGAACGUGAGCUUUAUGACAGCUGCUUAAGGGGUGAACACAGCCGUCUGCUCAGCCUGUGGCGUCAGGUGGUAACCUUCCGCCGUCAUUUCCUGGCAAUGAAGACCGCCACUGACCGAGAUUUGUCAGAGCUGAAGGCAGAGCAACUGAGGCUUUCUGGAUCUAUACUUGUAAGCUGCUCCCGCCUGAACUCUGCCGUACGGCUCUGGGAGUCCGUCAGUCUGGGUAGACCUGUCCUGAAGGAUGAGGCACAGCAGGAAGCGGAAGAGGAAAUAAGCCAGAAGACUUGGGAAGCGAUGCACUUACAAGUCAAGGGGGACCUGGAGAAGAAGGAGCUUCAGGAGAGGGUGAUGGAGCUCUCAGCCUUGCUUGUACAGUCUCAGAAGCAGAAUGAGGAGAAGGAGAAGGCCAUGAAAACACUUAACGACACUGUGGAGAUCCUAGAAGCAAGUCGGUUAGAGAAAGAAUAUGAAGCUUCAUGGACUAAAAGUGCCAAAGAAGAGAAUCUUUCCCUCCAAAAGCUGAUAAAAGAUAUAACUGAGGUGGUGCUAGAUGACAGUGGCAGCACAGUCAGCAUUAUCUGCACUGACAGUUCCCAGCAUGCAGUGUCUAGCAACAUCCUCUCUUGUCUGAGCUCCGUUGAUGCAGAGCAUGCCUUUGUAUUGGUUCAGGAAGCACUGGCAAGGAGGCGAGGAGCAACACAGGCCCUAAAAGAAGAGCUUUCUGCCAGGCAGGACACUAUCAAUUUUCUGCUGCACCAGCACAGACAGCAGGAAGAGAAGUGCAGGAAGCUGCAGCAAAGGCUUGAGCAAGUGGAGGAGGAAUGCAAGACGUCCAGCAGCCACCGGCAGCACCUCCAGUCUCUGGUAGAAGCACUCAGAAGUGACUGUGCAAACCUCGAGAAAACCAGGGAAGAGCUACAGCAACAGCUUGAAGUAACAGAGCAAGAAGCCUCGCGUCUGCGUCAAAGUAACACUGAACUGCAGCUGAAGGAAGAUUCAGCCCAGGGGGAAAAGGUGGAGCAGCAACAGACGAUGGAGAGAGUGCGUCGUGACCAGGAGCUCCUGCUGAAGGACUUAGCUGCACUUGAAGGAAAACACUCAUUAUUACAGAGUGAGUUGGUAGACGCAAGAGAGAGACUGGAGGAAUCGCACCUUCAGAGGGAUCUGCUGAAGCAAGAGAAACAUCAGCUUACCAUGGCACUGGAAAAGGCAGAGCAGGCAGUAGCAGAGUUGACAGGGGCUCAGAAUAAGCUGAGUGCUGAAGCAGCUGAUCUACGUGUUGCAACAGCGAAGAUGAGCAGUAUGAAUGAAGCCCUUGCACUGGAUAAAGUGCAACUGAGCAAACUUGUGCUGCAGCUGGAGCAAGAGAAUGAAGCUCUGUCAGGCAAAGUGGACGAGGUGGAGAGAGCAAAGAUCUCUGAGCAGGAGAAGCUGACCUUGUGUGAACGAACAAAUGAAGAGCUCAGCGCAGAGAAAGCCCACCUGGAGCAGCUGCUGAAGAAGGCAGAGGAGCACCAGGAGGGGCUGCAGGUAGAGCUGAGGAGAGUGGCAGAGGAGAAGGCAGAAACCCAAGAGAAGCUCAGUCAGGUUUACCGCCAGCAAGAGUCGGCUAGCAGUGGUCUGGAGCAGCUGCGCCAGGAGUCCUCUCGCCAAGGGCAUGCGCUGGCCAAGGUGUGCAAGGAGAAGGAAUUGCUGGUGCACGAGAAGGCUGCCCUAGAGGUGCGACUGGCAGCCGUGGAGCGGGACAGACAAGGCCUUUCAGAGCAGCUGGCAGAGGCCAGGUCGGCGAAGGAGACCCUGGAAUCCAGCCUGUUUGAGGCUCAGCAGCGCUUAUCUCAGCUGGAGAUCGCCAGGAGUCAGCUUGAAGUCCAACUUCACACCGUCACGCAGGCCAAGGAGGUGAUCCAAGGGGAAGUGAAGUGCCUUCAGUGUGAGCUGGAAGCGGAGAGGACUCUGAUGAGGCAGGAACGGGAAAACAUGGCAGAACGGCUCUUGCAGACAGAACGGCAGUAUGACAACACCCUCAGACUCCGGCAAGCUGAUCAUGAAGUGGAAAUAAACAAGCUCCUGCAAGACCUGGCAAGCGAGCGGGAAGGGCACCAUUCAGAGGUCCAGGAGAUGCUGGAGCAAUGGGAAAAGGAGAAGGCAGAGACAGAAAGGGAGCACGAGAAGAAGCUGUUUGAUGUGAAGCAGGAAGUUGCUACCGUGCAGAACAUCACGGCAGAGCUGCAAGCAGAGCUGCAGGAAACUCAGAGCAAGACCGAGGCAGUGGAGAAGAGGCACAAGGGAGAAAUCCAAACCGUCAAAGAGGAAAUGAAUAUCCUCCUUCAGCAGCGGGAUGCUCUACAAAACCAGGUGGAAGAGUUGACAUCUCAGCUAGCAGCCUCUGAAGAGCCUCUAAAGAAGGAGGCUGUGACUCUACAUCAAGAGGUGGCGUCUUUGGAAAGGAAACUCGAGAGCACUGAGAAGCAAAGAAAGGAUGUCCUGCAGGAACGGGACAGACUGCAAGCACUUAAAGAAGAACUGGUAUGGGAGAUAAAACUUCUUCAGGAGUCGGUCACAGCCUCUGAGACCCGAGCGACUACAGCAACAGAUAGGCAUCACUCCCUUGAACAAGAACUCCACACCACAGUGUCUCUCCUAAAAAUUAAAAAUGAGGAACUGGAAAUGCAGCGGGAGAAAAUCCAGGUGCUCCAGAAAGAGGCAGCACAGGGAAAAGCUUUGCAGGAGAAUCUCACUCAUGUGACUGCCAUCCUGUCAGAGAGGGAGGGAGAAAUGAAGGUGUACCAGGAACAGAUGAGACUGCUGGAAGAGCAGAAAGAAAUGCACAAAACUGCUCUGGAUCAGGUUAUUAAGGACGUAAGAGAGAAAAACCAGAAGAUUGAAUCCCAGCAAGAACAGAUACAGGAGCUGGAGAAAUCCCUGAAGACCUUGCAGAAUCUCCAGCUCAGGCUAACCAAGAAGAAUGAAGAGGUUAGACAUCACAGAGAGCAAGAGAAGCUCCUAGAAGCAGCCUUGCACGAGAGGGAACAAGAGACCAAGGCUCAAGGUGAGCAAGAAGAGUUAGACGAGGAAAGAAGAGCUCUUCGGGAAGAUCUCCGGCACGUUCAGCAGACGCUGACAAAGAAGGAUGAAGAGAUCAAGUACCAGAGAGACAGAGUCGGGUAUUUAGAGAAGACUCUGGCAGGGAGAGAACAAGAGCUUAGGAGGCAGAGUGAACUCCUGAAACAAAUAACGUCAGCUUUGCGAUGGAAGGAUGGAGGGGAGACCCUACAGAAACAAAUCCAGAAACUCCGAAAAUGGGAGGAAGAGGAAGCAGAGAAGAGGAGAGUUCUCCAGGAGAGAGACCGUCUCUUGCAAAGGCAGAAGGAGCUAACCCAACAACUGGAAGAUGAGCGGAAGGAAGGGGAAGAAUUGGAGCGUGCGAUUGCUAUUUUGAAGCAGACUGAAAGCGGGGAAAUGGAAUGGAAAGAGAAGGCACAAGCACUGACUCUCGCCCUUACCAAGAGUGAAAUGGCCAAUGGCACGUUGAGGGAAGAAGUAGCCGUCCUGCAGAGUAUGGUUUCAGAGAGGGACACGGACCGGUUUCAUCAUCAGCAGGCUACUGCAGAAGGGGAGCAGCUCUCGUGGCUCUCGGAGAAGAGACUCCUGUCGCAGCGGCUGGAACAUCUGCAGCGAGCAGUUGCAAGGCUGGAAGUUGAGAAGACUGAGCUGAAGCAACUCAAUGCUGAGCUCAGGAGGACUCUUGAGCAGGUGGAACGUGAACGGAGGAGACUGAAGAGAUACUGUAGUGGUCGGUCGCUGCCAGAUGCGUGCGGAUUUUCUCUCUCCGACCAGCACAAGGUGCCUGCUUCUCGACAGGAGGAGUCUCACACGCGCUGCAGUCGUCGAUUAGCUGAGUUGCAGAACCAGGUGUCCCUUCUGCAGACGCAGCUGGCGCAAGAACGCAAAUGCAAGCAGGACUACAUUGAGUGCUGUGCAAAGACCAGCCAGGAGCUGUCAGACCUUCACCGAGAGCUGUCUUGCUCCUUAGCAGCUGUGGUCAGGGAGCCCGAAGCUGCUGUUCUGGAGGCAGAGACUCGGAAGCUGGCUCAGCCUCUCUGAGCCUUCUUUUCCUGUAGAGGAGCAGCUGCAGCAUCACGGGGUUCCUGUCUCGUGCCCUUCCCAGGAAUGCAUUACGUUUUGCUGUGGGAAACGGGCUGCGUUUGUUCUCUUUGCCUUUGCAAGCAUCUCCUAGUGACGGUGGUUUUUAAAGUUUUUUUGAAUAAAAGGAAUUGUGCAGGACC